UUUUGGUAUUUAUAAACAUAAACAUGGGAUGAGACAGAGUCUGAGGCUGUUGUGGACACACACACAUGGGUCUUCCUUCAACUCCACACCCCAAAUCCAACACCUAACACCCCCUUCCCAUCUUCGUUUUUACCUUCUGCAAUUCCUAUUACGAAAAGAUCUCUUUCUCAUUUUUUUGGGGACACCCUUCUGCUUAAUAAUCUUUUAUUUCUGUGGGGUGAUUCUUAUUAUCAUUUGAUCUAUAGGUGGAAUUGCAGAAGGUUAUUGAUAUGAUUUAUCUCUUGAACUCAUCUGUUAUCAGCCUUCAUUGGCAUAGAAACUGAAUUGUUAUGUACCAUGAAUUGUUUGGGAUUCAUCUGCUGCCAGUAUGGAGGUCGAGAGAUAUGUUCAUGUUGCAGUUCUUGGAUGUAUAUCCUGAUGUCCUGGACUUUCUCCAUAUGCCCUGCUAAGGAAAUGAUGAUUGCAAUGUAUCAAAUGUGGAUGCCGCUGAUGGAUACAUGACAUAGUUGGAACUUGGAAUUUCUUAUAGGUUUUCAAUUAAUUGAUUUGGAUUAUACGAUUCCAGUUGUAGUUGUAGGAUCUAGGAGGUUAGCAUGUGUGAUUGAAUAGUGUAAUUGGUUAGGAUGGAGGCUAGGACUGUAGUUCUUAGUUGAUGGUUGAAUGUCAUGCCAUGAUCGUCGGUUAGUAGGGGAAACAGUGAAAUGAUCAUUUGAGACCUUCCCGAGGGAUCACAUUGAUAAUUUCAAAGUAAUUUUUCAUCUCUUCAAGAAGAUUUUAAGAUCCACCUUACUGAAUUGAAUAUCUGUGAUGGGCUUGCCCCAGAUACCCCGAAAUGAAUCUGCUGAAAAGGCUGCACUUAUGGGGGCAGCUUUAAAUAGCUCACCACAGUUUUCUGAUGUGAGCCCCUCUGCUAUAAGCAGCAUGAACAGUGUAUCUGUUAACACAGGUGGGUUGGCUGCAUGUACUCUAGGAUCUUCUUUUGACGAUUUCCCGAAGAAUGCCUCAUUAGAAACUUCAAAUGUUUCUGAUAAUACGUUUUAUAGAGGAGCCAUGGAAGUUGCUUCAAAUGUCCACAGUUUGAAGAUUGGUUCAACGGAUAGAAGUACUCCUUUUGCUUCAAAAACUGGACGCAAUGUUCACAUUCCUGCUUCAAGGGUUGUUGGUUUUGAAUCAGGAAGAACUAAUACUUCAAUAGAUGGUUUGGCUGAUGUUCCAGCUGUAAAUCUUCAUUCUUCUGCUUUUACUAAUUUCCCAGCCAAUGACACUGAUUCUGCGAGUUCAUUGGUCAGGAAGCGACUUUUAUCUCCAUUGAGCAGUAUGCUCUCCCCAAGUCAUUUUAAAGGUGAUCCCCUUGACAUUGGCCGCCGAAAUAAUGCGGUAGACUCCCUUGUAAGGAAUGAUAAUGUUAGCAAUUCUAUGGUACAAGAUAAUAAGAAGGCAAAUAUUGGAAGUAAAAUCACUACAAUGUCUUCUUGGUCCUUGAGAAGUUGCUUUGAGCAAAAAACUGAGCCCCACAGUACAGAAUCAUUUUUCCAAUCUGAGGAUCCUUUGAAGGAAAAUACAGGACUACUGUCUCAUUGUAGUUCACCCACAACAGGAAUUGAUCACUUUAGUGAAUCAAGUCAGCUUAGGCCUCAAAGUGGCAUAUUAUCUGUGUCUCCUAAAAGCGUGAGCUCUCCUCUUUCUAUGUCACCACUUGGUCCUAAAUUUUCUGAAAGGAUAAAAGCUAUUGGUGGAUGUAGGAAAGUUGUGGAAGAGAUAAAGAAUUGCAAUAUAACUGCACGGAACAUAGAAAAAUCACUUGACAAUUCUAACUCAUGCCUUAUGUUAAAUCAUAAGGAUGAUGGUUCCGGAGUUGCAUGUAAAUCUUUUGAUGAUGUUGAAUUCUUAUGCAAAGAUUUCUGUCCAUCUUCUCUGGAUGAUAUUGGGGACAUGAGUUGGUCACUAUCUCGAGAAUCAGGUCCCACCUCUCACUCCAUGAGAUUUACUAGAAGUUUGAGUGGGCUUUCGGUCAGGAGGUCUUUAGUUGGCUCAUUUGAGGAGUCUCUUUUAUCUGGACGAUUCUUAUCUGGAAACUGUAGUAAGAAAAUUGAUGGUUUUCUUGCUGUGCUAAGCAUUACUGGUGGUAGCUUUUCUCCUAAAUCACAGAAGCUUCCAUUUUCUGUUACUAGCGUGGAUGGAGAUUGCUAUUUGCUAUAUUAUGCAUCAAUAGAUCUUGCAGGAAAUUCCCCUUCAAGCAAGUUUGGAGGCCAGUUUCUGAAAUCAGGGCUCAGAAAUGAUGAUUCACAACUUGUGAAAAGCCGAUUGCGUAUACCAGUGAAGGGACGGAUUCAACUGGUGCUAAGCAAUCCAGAAAAGACUCCCCUUCACACUUUCUUUUGCAACUAUGAUUUGAGUGACAUGCCAGUUGGUACCAAAACAUUCUUGCGCCAGAAAGUGACCCUUGAAUCUUCCGGGUCGAUUUCCCCUCAGUUGAAACAGAGAUCACCUGGUUUUGGAAGUCGGAUUGAUAAGGGGAUUGCACCAAUGCAAAAGAAUGAUGACAUUGCAUGUGAAGGAGAAGUGAUGCAUGGAGAUACAGUUAAUGUUGUAAAUAAAAGGAAAUCUACUAAUGAGGGAAAUGGAAAGGGUUGUAGCUUGUUGAGUUUAAUGAACAAAGAGGAGUCUUCAAACCCUUCUGCAGCAAAGCCUGACUAUGAAUAUAUUGCUGAUAAAUGUGAGAGGAAUGAAAGAAAGGAUUGUUGGGAUAAAACAUGUGAUGGAUCAAGGAAAUCACCAAAUUCCUGUUCAAAGGUGAAGGACAAUUCUAGUAGUGGUGGUCCACUUCGCUAUGCACUUCACCUACGCUUUAUUUGCCCUUUUCCUAAGAAGACCAAUAGAUCUGCUCAAAAAAGCAAACAUGCUUCUCUUAAAGAAAAAUCUGGAUUAAACAUGGAAGGGGAACGAAGAUUCUACUUAUGUAAUGAUUUGAGGGUUGUGUUCCCUCAACGUCAUUCAGAUGCUGAUGAGGGCAAGUUGAACGUGGAAUACCAUUUCCCUGAAGAUCCAAGGUACUUUGACAUCAACUGAAAUACUAGUUUACCUCAAAAAAAGAAAAAGAAAAAAGCAUGCUGCUUUGGCUGACCCUCUUGUACAUAAUCACAAGUUUGUCUCCACUCUGGAAAAAUAGCACUAACCCUUUUCCUCAUGUAAAUACUAAAACAAUUUCAAUAAUUUAAUGGGUUAACUAUUUUCAA